UCCUAACCAUUCCUUGUCGUGGUUAGUGCGGUAGAACGACUUGAAAUCGCUCAUACUCGAAACUGCAAUUAAAAGUAGUGUAAUUAAUUAAUUAUGAAAAUUAACAACAUUUUUUGGUGGUAAUAAUGGACACAGACGAGGGUCCUAUGGCAUCCCCUUACGUGGAUUUGAAUAAAUAUCAAGGAGAUGAAGGGUACAUGGUGGCGAGCGACCCCCGCGGCCGCGUGCUGCAGCAGCAGUGGGUCACGUUGACGGCGAGCAUGUGGCCGGAGCCGACCGCCUCUUCCAGAGGCUGGAGAAUAUCAGCUGAACGUCUUCCUGUUUUGGCUGCAGUUUUUUGUGGGGCGGCUUUAGUCGUCUGCCUUUUGUGCGCCUUUCUCCUGUAUCGCUGUUGCAUCAUGCCUCGACGGGACAAACAUUACUGUCUUCGCAAAGUGGACGGAAGUUCGAGUGGGACCCAAGUGCCUCCUAUCGUAUCACCAAGUCAAGCUGCCGUUUACGCCGAACAGAAGGGCUGCGGAUGGGGCUAUAGUAAUAGGUUGGUGGCGCCGGUUCUGGCCAAUCCUUGGUACACCAAUAGGAUGAUUGGGGGGCCACAGUGUACUCAGUGUCCGGGGAUUUGCCCCGUUCCGAGGAGUAGUAGCCAUCCGGGACCCUCCUCGCAGGGUCAGCCUAAUACAACGAGGAGGCAACGGCCUGUGAGUCAACCAGUGCAGUUGGGUCCUCCAAUUACCACGAAUGGGGAGAUUGUACCAAAAUCACCGAUGCCUGAAAUUUCAGAAUUUUCACCCCAGAAUGUACAAUACGCUUCGAGCAGCAUUUUAGACGAAGUCUGCGGCAAAGACGAGCCGAAUUCCGACGAACCCACUUUGAAAACUCGUAGCCUUCCUGCUUGGGUUCGCUCGAAGCCGAGACCUUUGUCAACUGAAGAUGAUUUAAACGACUUAUAUGCAAAGGUGAACUUUAGCAAGAAACGAAAAAAUCGUAUGCGCAACGACGAAGCCGCGAUUAUAGCUUUAAGCAAAUCGAGAAGUCAAUUUCUUCAUAAAGAUACAGAUUCUCUAGUCGACAACGAGGCUGUUAUAGUCUACGACGAACGCACAGCUUUAUAAAUCAUUCUUUUAAGACAAAAUUUAUAUAUUUUCGACAUGUUUUUACCAUUAUCGAUAUUGAACAUAUCGUUGUUGCAAUUUAAGACUACGUCAAAUGACAAAUAAUUAAGAUUUGAGGGUUAACGUAUUUUUCUGUGAUAAAUUCUUUCUUCUCAUUGUAACAUAAUUCCCCCUAAGACUGGUCAUGCAUUUCUAUGAAUGUUUAGAUAGAUUGUAUCGUGCUGUUUUUAAUACUGGUAGGUAUUAUAUCAUUCAGCACCAAUAGCUGACGACUAGGAGACACUGUUACGUGAGUAGUGGCGGUCUUUUUACAACGCCAAAAUUCGUAAAUAGUUAUUAAUGUGAGAUAUAAUUUUGUACAUAAAACAUAUUAAAUUAAAUUAUUUUGUUGUGUAAUUCGAAUAUUUCAAAUAAAACACAAUUACGUAUCCA